AUGCCGGGAGCCUGGAGCGCGCGGGCGGCGCUAGUGCUGCUGCUCGCCGCCGCCGCCGCCGCCGCCGCCGCCGACGAGCCGCUGGAGGACGAGGUCGAGAGCGCACCCUUUGCGAUAGUGGUGGAGCACGAGGACGGGUGGCGCUGCGGCGGCGCGCUGGUGUCGCUGCGCGCGGCGCUCAGCACGGCGUCGUGCGCGCGCGGGCGCGGCGCGCCGCCCGCCGCCGCCGCCGCCGUCGCCGCCGCCACCGACCUGUGGGCGCGCUCGCCCACCGCCAACAGCGCCGACGGCACGCGCCGCGUCGCGCGCCUCGCCUUCGCCGCUGAUUCUCAGGGGAGUUUAUCGGAGACGGACAAGUGGACGGAAGAGGCGUGGAUGGGCGUGGUGCUGGACAUGGCGCUGCUGGAGCUGGAGGCGCCGUUCGGCGCGGCGGCGGGCGCGCGGCCCAUCCUCAUGGCGGUGGGCGAGGAGUGCGAGCCGCGCGCCGCCGCGCCCGCCUGCCACGUGGUGCGCACGCCCGCGCGCGCCGGCGCGCCGCUGCGCAUCGGCAACGCCGAGCGCGCCUCGCCCAUAGUCUGCGCCUCCGUCGCGCCGCACUGGGCCGCCGUCUCCGACACGGCGCUCUGCCUCGUCGGCCCGCAGUUCUGUCAGAGCGACUGGGGCGUGGGCGUGGUGUGCGCGGGCAAGCUGUGCGGAGUGCUGUCGCGGUCGGCGCGCAGCCCGGCGGAGAGCGGCGAGGGCAGCAACGAGGCGGGCGCGGGCGCGGGCGCGGGAGCGGGCGCCGGCUGCGGCGACACGCACGCCGCGCUGCACGUGCCGCGCUGGCAGGAGUUCGUGCACUGCGCGCAGACGCGGCGCCGCUGCGGCCGGGACAGCUGCGCGGCAGUGUGCAGCGAGCGCAUCCUGCUGGAGGGCCCGCCGGAGCUGCCGGAGACGCCGGCGCCGCGCGCGGGCGCGGGCGCGGGCGCGGGCGCGGACGCGCCGCCGCCGCGCCGCGCCCCCAAGUACCGCCCGAGACACCGCACCACGCCCGAAGGUUCAGAUGAGGACACCACAAGAGGAGUAAGGGAGAUGGGAUACACCACAGAACAGUCGCGAAGAACAGAGAGCGACUGGCCCUCCGCGGAGGCGACGUGGAGGCGCGCGGCCGCCGAGCCCGCGCCCACGCGCACCGCGCCGACGCCGCGCGCGCGCUCGCCGCCGCCGCCGCCGCCGCCGACGCACACGCCGUCCACGACGCCGAGUCCACACGCGAGAGCGCUGCCCGCUGGCGGCAGAAUGUCACAGUUUGAGUUCGAGCCAUACCGGGCUGAUUUCAAGAUCGGCGAGUACAACGACAACGAGGCGAGCUACGACACCGGUGGAGGGGGCGGCGGCGCGUGGGAGCCGACGCGCACGACGGCGUCGACGGAGGCGAGCACGUCGCGCGCGCCCGAGGCGCUGCGCGAGGACGCCGCGCCGGCCGCCGCCGCCGCCACCGCCACCGUCACGCUCGCCGACCUCAAGGCCGGUAACAUCGAACCGAUCUCGGCUGCCAAUUCACUAAUUUGUUCGCGUUAUGUUUUUGUUAUUGUGAUUUUAGGACAUAUAUUUAUAAAUGUUUAUUAAAUGUUUA